AUGUUUAGAGCAGGCAUCAGAAUUAGACCACAUUCUCAUGUAGUGAGCAACGUUAAUAGGAGGGCAUUUACCUACACCACUCCAAAGUUCUUUUUCGACAAAGCUCCCUCACCUGAGCAACAAGAGCAAGCAUUCAACAAAGUGAAGAAAAUAAUGUCAGAAAACCCUGAGUUGAUGCAAUUGACGGUUGAGUUCAAAGAGUUAUUAAGUAAAAAGGGUCUCUUAUCCACGGGGAAACCAUCCAUUUCACAAAUGAUGAAAUUAUUGGCUGAUAAGGAAGUAAGGGAGCAUGGUGCCAAGUUGAAAAAUUUCCUAGACUCGAAAGAAACUGGAUUGACCCAAGAGGAGUUGGCAACUUUAACUGGUGCUUACAUGUUCCAAAAUAAAGAUCUCAAAUGA